AUGGCGGCUCCCAGGGGGUGGCGGUUGGCGCGGCAGGGCCGCUGCUGGCUCUCGCAGGCCGAGUUCUCCGCCGCCCCCACGCCCCCGGACUCGCUCUACCCGCCCAUCGUGGCCUCCGCCACGGCGAAGAGCAAGGCGGCCAAGCGGCGGCGCCUGGAGCACUUCUACCAGCGCGUGCACGAGGCGGCCUCCAUCGAGGAGAAGCUGCGGCUCUACGGGCUGCUCCAGCGGCCCAAGUACAUGAUUUACCCGCAGACUUUCGCCAUCAACGCUGACCGCUGGUAUCAGAGCUUCACCAAGACCGUCUUCGUGCCGGGGCUGCCCCCGCGCGCGGCGCCGGAGCCCGCRGGAGCCCCGGAGCCCGCAGGGGCGGUGACGGGGGCGGCAGUCCCGGAGCCCGCAGGGGCAGCGGUGGCGCCGCAGCCCGCGGCGGAGGAGGCCCCGGACGUGGACCUGGGCGAGCUGCGCUCGCUCGCCUGCGACGCGCUCCUGCAGGAGAGCUUCUACCAGAACAAGAAGCGGCCGUUCCUCUACCGCGACCAGGACCACACGCCCGGGCCCUUCCUCACGCAGCUCGUUUCGUUGCUUGCUGCCUCCCUCUGCCGCCGCAACCCGUUGCUGGCUGCCUCCUCCCUCGACUUGAAUCCCGAGGUUAACUACUACUGGCACCAUGGUGAGGAAGUUAUUGCUCAUGGACACCGAAAAGGUAGAGUCGAUCCUGUGCGGUUUCAGAUAGAUGAUCACCCACGCCUCCAGAUCCGUGUACCAAAACAACUUCCAGAGAUUGUACCUCUAGAGGCUGAUCUUGGGAAUGUUCCUGUUAUUGAUCACAAACCAUCUAAGCUGCCCUUAUUCAAGAAGCAAUAUGAAAACAAGGUAUUUAUAGGAUCAAAGGUGGCAGAUCCAUGCUGUUAUGGGCACACGCAGUUUCAUCUUUUUCCUGAUAAGCUAAAAAGGCAAAGGUUCUUGAAUGUAAAUCUUGAAGAUCAAAUUGAAGUUACUUAUCGAGCUAAUGGUAUCGCAAGUCUCUUUGCCUGGACAGCAGCACAAGCAAUGUAUCAAGGAUUCUGGAGUGAAGCAGAUGUGACCCGUCCUUUUGUAUCACAGGCAGUAGUGACUGAUGGAAAAUACUUUGCCUUCUUUUGUUACCAGUUAAAUACAUUAGCAUUAACUGUGGAAACUAUUCGAAAUAACCCUCGGAAGAAUAUCUGUUGGGGUACAGAGAGCAAGCCAUUAUAUGAUGUUGUGGAGGAUGGUGAGGUGAAAGGCUUUAAUGAUGAAAUUCUGCUUCAGUUGGUUCAGUUUCUGUUAAACAGACCAAAAGAGCUGUAAGUCAUAAAGCAAUACAGUUUUCCUGUAGAUGUGCCUGAACUUCAUUGUGAUUCCAUGAAGUAUGGCUUAGUGUGCGCCUUGUUCCUAAUCAAAUAUUUAUUUAGGGAACUACAUUCGUAUAUUAUGAUCUUCAGGCCUUAUUUCUUAACAUUAAAUGUAUCAUAUUGUACAUCGAAAAAUAAAUAUCUAGAAUACCUCUGUCUCCUGUGCAGUUAUUAGAAUUGUAUUGCAUUAAUUGAAAUUUUGUAGUCUUCAAAAGAGUGUGAAAAUGCUGAGGGCUGUAGACUCAGGUUUCUGUGAAUGUCUCCUUUCAGCAGAACUGUAGUUGCCUAUGGAGCUGUUCCAGCAAAAUGUGAACUUAUGAUUAUCUGAUCACUUUAUUAGUGGGCUACUGUCUUGGCUUACAAGACAAAUGAACAAUUUCRGUUUGUCUGCAAAGAAGUAAGCUGUCAAAAAACUUUGAAAAGAAAGCAAGUUGAGAAUUAAAAAAAAUUUCACUCAUUAAUGGUUGGGCAUUUAAUUAUGCAGUUUAKAAAGUAUUUAUGGUUUUAUUGAGCAGUAGAAUGAAACAGUGAUCCUCACUUCUAGAGUUUGUUAUGAGCCUGUAUACAAGUUUUAGUACUGUUGUGUCCAUGAACCAUGGAACAGCCUCAAAUUUAAUUGGAGUCUCUGUGAAUGAAACUUAUGUAGCGUUUUUAGCUGCAUGGGUUUUUUUUGAGAAAUUUGACUUGAACUUGCUGCUUCUAGUAUGUGAAUGCUGAUGUACUUUUACAUGCUUAUAUACAAAGGUAGGUGCUAUUUCUUAUAAGUYGUUGGACUUGAACUUUCCAUCUCCCAGCAGAGACAAGCCAGCUAUAAUAUGUUGGCUGUAAUAUGUUGGCAAAACAAGAUAUGUAUUGACCUUGAUAUGUGUUUUUUAAAACUGUAGACAUAGGGAUAUUUGGCUUUGCUGGUAUUUGGAUAUUUUAUGGCUAUUUUUAGUAAAGAAAUUAAAUCUCCAACCAUGAUCGACAUCUCUAAUGCAUUGAUAAGAUAGAAGUGCAAUGAUUGUUCAGGAACAGUUACUUUUCAGUAAAGGUUAUUUGAACUUUAGGUAAUUAAACAUAUCUAGUAUUUUGUAGUCCCAUAAACUGCAUACAUACCUUUUGGGAAGCUUUUAGUCCAGUUUAUUUUGAUAAAAUUGAGUCUGUGGCUCUUUCUAAAAUAGUUGCUGGUAAAUACUUCAACCUGAGCAGCUAGAAGCCUGCUUGCAGCAGGAAGUAGAAUUCCUGAACUAUUUACUUAAAGAAGAGGCAGUUAAGGUGACUUGUUUGAAUUGGCACUUUGGGAUGUAAUGAAUGAACAGGAGCUACCAAUAUCUCCACUAGCAGAGGGCAGUUUAUAACACGCUUAACAGAAUGGAAAGAAUCUUUAAGCACUUAUUGCCUUUACAAUACUUGAAUUUGAAUACUGUCUUUACUUACUGAAUACUUGAAUGUUGUCUUUACUAUACUUGAAUA